AUGGACAGAGUUAUAUACUACCUGGAAUAUCCUCACGUCACAAAGUUGGACGAGGUGGCGGCCCCUAACCUCACCUUUCCCGCCAUCACCUUCUGUAACCUCAAUGAGUUCCGCUUCUCUAAAAUCACCAGGAAUGACCUCUAUCACGUGGGAGAGCUGCUGGCCCUCCUCAACAACAACUACCAAAUAGCAAACCCGCACCUAGCUGAUCCCGAAGUGCUGGCCGCUCUAAAGGAUAAAGCCAACUUUCAAAACUUUAAGCCCAAACUGUUCAACAUGACGGACUUCUAUAACCGCACAGGGCAUGACAUCAAGGAGAUGCUGCUGCAGUGCACCUUUCGAGGGGAGGAGUGCUAUCCGGCAAACUUCACCACAGUAAGUACCCAAGUCUGUGUUGCCCUGUUCGCUGGAAUAUCUGUCAUUGCUCAUUGUCUCAGCUGA